AUGUCGCUUGACUCUAACACAGUGGCAGUUCGCUUCAAGGCAGACUGUCCCAAGAGUCUUGUCGAGGCGGCCCCGCUCUUCUCGAGGUUUGGCGACAUCGCCCGGCUAGACAUCACGGUCGCCAGCAUGGUAAUUGUGACCUUUUUCGACGUGAGGGAUGCUCAGAAGGUUCUGGAGCACUUUGGCGUGCUGGCCGAGCCUUUCCCUCCGGCCGCGCACGACUUUCGUGCAGUCAGCAUUUUGCCGAAGGCCACUCCCGGUCUCCGGCGCCAAGUUGCUCAGCUCGGCAGUUAUGGAGAGAUUGCUGGCGUUUCGCUGUUUGACGGGGAUUUCGCCGUGGAGUUCUUCGACAUGCGUGCAGCUCAGCAAGUCACGAUGUCGACCUCGGCCAGCCGGCCUCGGUACCUGGUGAGCCAGGCUGCUACACAAGGCCUUGAAGAUCAGAGCAGCAAGUGUCCUGAGCCGCGCCGUGCAUCGGCUGAGAGGGUACCGGAGAUUGCCAGCGCCUCAUCAGAUCCACUGCCAUGCAAGGAGCGUCGCGCUCCGGCCACACCUUUGUCAAAGGGCAGCACUAAACGUCAAGGAUGCGGCAAGCCUGCACACCAAAAGAUGGGAAUGGAGGACCGGCACAAGUUCGACAUCAUGGCUGACAAGAUCCGGUCCGGCGAGGACAUGCGCACGACUGUGAUGGUGAGGAACAUUCCCGGGGCCUGCAGCCGAGAUGCAUUUGUGGAGCUGCUGGAAACUUGCGGCUUGUCAGACAGCUACACCUUCUUCUACAUGCCUUUCAACAAGCUUGGCAAACACUGUGGCCUUGCCUUCAUCAAGUUCAAAAAGCCUAGCGACGUGCUGGUGCUUUGCCUGAGUAUGAGUAUGACGCCAUUCUGGCAAGCCUACCUGAAGAAGGGCCGUAUCAGCCCGUCGACACUGCCGGCAGUCAGCUUCGCUCGCUUGCAGAGCCAGGAGGAGCUCCUGGAGCACUUCAAUGACUCAGCCGUGAUGCAGAACGUCGACGCAAGCAGGCGCCCCGUGUUCCAACAGCAGGGCAGCAGCACUGUCAACUCGGCGGAGGACGUGAACUUCUCAGCAGAUCUUCUGGGCGUGGAUCAGGGCAACUGA